GAAGCCCCGCCCGUUAGUUCCCGGCGGUAAGGGCUGCGGGCACGCCUCCCGCCGCUGCGGCCCCCUCAUGGCCUUCAACUUCGGGGCGGCGGCGGGCGCCGGGGCGUCCAACCCCAGCGGAUUUGGUGGGCUUGAAACCACAAACUCCACCGCCAGUGGGUUUAAUUUUGGGGGUUUCGGAUUAGCUGCUAAUCCCGCAGUGAAUUUUAAUAUUGGGAAUUUCGGUGUUCCUACUACCUCAACUCCACCAUUCAAUUUUGGUAACAGUCUGGCAAGUGCAGGUGCAUUUGGAGGAUUUGGGACAACCACUACCACUGCAGCACCAGCAUUUAGUUUUUCUGCUCCCACCAAUACAGGCACCAGCGGACUCUUUGGUGCUACCCAGAACAAAGGCUUUGGAUUUGGUACUAGUUUUGGGACAGGAACUGGUACUGGCUUGGGUACUGGGUUGGGAACUGGGUUAGGCUUUGGAGGCUUCGGUACCCAGCAGCAGCAGACCUCAUUAGGAGGCAGUUUGUUCAGCCAGCCUGCUCAGACACCUGCCCAGUCAAACCAGCUCAUCAAUACUGCCAGUGCUCUUUCAGCUCCAACACUCCUGGGAGAUGAGAGGGAUGCCAUCUUGGCAAAAUGGAACCAGCUGCAGGCCUUCUGGGGAACAGGGAAGGGAUACUUCAGCAAUAACAUCGCUCCAGUGGAGUUCACGCAGGAAAACCCAUUUUGCAGAUUUAAGGCUGUGGGUUACAGUUUAAUGCCCAACAACAAAGAUGAAGAUGGCCUGGUCGUCUUGGUCUUCAAUAGAAAAGAAGUAGAUAUUAGAAGCCAGCAGCAGCAGCUCGUAGAAUCACUACACAAAAUUCUGGGAGGAAACCAGACCCUUACUGUCAACGUAGAAGGUGUUAAAACGAUGCCAGAUGACCAGACAGAAGUGAUCAUUUAUGUCGUUGAGCGUUCACCCAAUGGCACUUCAAGGAGAGUUCCAGCAACCACCCUCUACGCCCACUUUGAACAAGCCAACAUAAAGUCAUCACUGCAGCAGUUGGGGGUCAGCUUCUCCAUGGCCAGAACGGAGCUCUCCCCAGCCCAAGUCAAACAGCUCCUUCAAAACCCCCCUGCUGGUGUUGAUCCUAUUAUAUGGGAACAAGCCAAAGUUGAUAAUCCUGAUCCUGACAAGCUUAUUCCUGUGCCUAUGGUGGGUUUCAAAGAACUGUUGAGAAGAUUGAAGGUCCAAGACCAGAUGACCAAACAGCAUCAAACUCGCUUAGAUAUAAUAUCAGAAGAUAUCAGUGAGCUGCAGAAAAACCAGACUACAACUAUGGCAAAAAUUGCACAGUACAAAAGGAAACUGAUGGCUCUUUCUCACAGAACGUUACAGGUGUUAAUAAAACAAGAGAUCCAAAGGAAAAGUGGCUAUGCCAUUCAAGCAGACGAAGAACAGCUUCGUGUACAGUUAGAUAUAAUACAGUGUGAACUUAACGCACCUACACAGUUCAGGGGCAGACUGAAUGAGCUCAUGUCCCAAAUCAGGAUGCAAAACCACUUUGGAGCAGUGAGGGUUGAAGAGCGUUAUUACAUAGAUGCAGACCUCUUAAGGGAAAUAAAGCAACAUCUGAAGCAGCAGCAAGAAGGCCUGAGUCACCUAAUUAGCAUUAUAAAGGAUGACUUGGAAGACAUCAAACUGAUAGAACAUGAGUUGAAUGAGAGCAUCCCUAUGAGAGGAGGUUUCUUCAGUUGACGUGCAAGAUGCUGCUGGGUUCACAUGGAAUGUUAUUCGAGUUUAUGGUUCACCUUCCAGGGCCAAAACUGGUGAGGUAAAAUAAAAUGUGCAUUUUUCAGGA